AGCCCCCGGGAGUGGAAGGGACCCUCCGCAGCUCCCAGAGGAGGGAGGCAGCCGUCCCAUCCUGCAGGAGCGGGCCCUGGAAACCUCCAGCACCGCGAGGUGCCUGGGGUGGGGGGGCUUUUUCCAGCGCCGAUCGCCCUUCCCACGGCAGCCGGCUCCCGGUGUAGCCGGGGGCAGCCGAGCGCCGAGGGAGCGGGCAACGCCUUUCCUCGACAGCAUCCCCAUUCGGGGAUGGGGGCUGCGCUCCCCGAGGACCCGGGCCGUGCCGGGCAGCCCCUUGCCGUGCCCCGUGAGGCUGCCGGCGGGCGGCGGUCGCCACGUGAUGCCGGGGCGGCCGUAUAAAGUCCUGGGGAGCGCUGGCAGCAGACACAUAGUGGAAGCGUUUCCACCGGGUCCCAGCUCGGGAGGGGUGGGGAGGGGGGAGCCGCCUUCCCAACUUCUGCCCUCCCCCCUCCCUCUUCCCCCGCCCCUCCCUCCCCCCAGACCAGCGACGGAGCCGACGCAGCCCCCGAUUUUAUUUUUUUCCCUUUCCUCUCCCUCUCUUUUCCUCUCUCUCUCCUUUUAUUAUCAUUAUUACUAUUAUUUAUUACCGCUGCUUCCAAGCUCCCUACCCAGCCUCCGGGCGCCUCAUCCCUCCGCCCCCGCCCCGCGCCCCCUCCGCCGCCCCUCCCUCCGCAGCCACCACCCCGCAGCCCCGCCGCGGCCCCGCCAGCAGCGGCGCGGCCGAACGGGGCGCGGAGCGGAGCGGCGGCGCCCGGGCGCGGAGUCCCAGCGGCGCCCGCAGCCCUCCAGCACGGCCCCGGGCCCAUCCCGGGAGCCGCCGCUAGGUGGGGGGGGGAGCCCGGCCCCGGCCGCCCCGGCCGCACAACAAUGACUUUGGGCAGCAGCGGCGGCGGCGGCUGCGUGAUCAUGUCCGAGCACUCUCCGGAGGAAGAGCCGCUAUCCGAGGUGGAGGACGCAGAUAUCGACGUGGUGGGCCCGACCCAGGAUGGGGGCAAGUACAGCGAGGACGAGGAGGAGGAGGAAGACGAAGAGGAGGAGGACGAAGAGGACGGAGGCGACCCGUUGGGGCUGGCCCUGCGGCGGAGCGGGGCCGCCAAAGCGCGCAUGGGGGGGUCCCCGGAGCGGCUCUCUCCCGCCGGCGGCUCGGAGCCGGCUUGCGCCCGCGGCGCCGCGCCCGGGGAGAAGGGGCCCGCGGGUGGCGGCGGCGGCGCGGGAGGGAAAAACCCGCUGGUGAAGCCGCCUUAUUCCUACAUCGCUCUCAUCACCAUGGCCAUCCUGCAGAGCCCCAAGAAGCGGCUGACGCUGAGCGAGAUCUGCGAGUUCAUCAGCGGGCGCUUCCCCUACUACCGGGAGAAGUUCCCCGCCUGGCAAAACAGCAUCCGCCACAACCUCUCCCUCAACGACUGCUUCGUCAAGAUCCCCCGGGAGCCCGGCAACCCGGGCAAGGGUAACUACUGGACGCUGGACCCCGAGUCCGCCGACAUGUUCGACAACGGGAGCUUCCUGCGCCGGAGGAAGCGCUUCAAGAGGCAGCAGCAGCUGCACCCGCCGCACCCCGAGCUGUUGCUGCGGGCCGGGGCCGCCGACCCCGCCGCCUUUCUGCCCGGCUUCGCCUACGGACCCUACGGCUACAACUACGGCCUGCAGCUCCAGGUACCCCCACCACCACCACCACCACCCCGCUGGAGGCGGCGGCGGCGCCACGGCGCCUUCCCCUUCCCGGCGCCGCACUGCCCGUUACCGGCUCCGCCGCCUCCCGCCGCCGCCUCCGUCUUCUCAGCCGCCUCGGGGCUGCCCUCCUUCCUGGGCGGUGAGCUGAACUGCAGGAAGUCCUUCUACCACCCCCAGCUGAGCCCUACCGCCUUGCCCGCCGCCCUACUCCAGACCCUGAAGCCGGACCCCACGCCCGCCGGCGGCGGUGGCGGCGGCGGCGGCAGCGGCGGCAGCACCAACCACCCCUCCCGGCCCUCUUUUUCCAUAGACAACAUCAUCGGGGGGGCUGUGCCCCCUCCGCCCAGUACCAACCCCAGCGCCGCGCCCGCCGCACCCUACCCCGCCGGUCAGGCGGGCCCCCCGGCGCAGGUCCUGGCAGUGCUGAGCCCCGCCUUGGCCCCCGCACAGCCCCAGGUCAGCCUGGCACACGAGCCGCUCCUGCAGCCGGCCCAGAACUUUUCCAGUAAAAUCACAUCCCUCAGCAGCUGUCAUUUUUAAAGUGCGCUGGGGAGGGGGGGGGAGAGAUUCGCGAAGCAAACGGCCCCUUCCCAACUCUCCCUCCUCCUCCGAAACUGCUCCCCUUCCCUCUCCCUGUUCUCCCCCCUCCAUCUCCUCCUGUUGUGUUUUAAGGUAGGAAAGAUUUCCUCUCUUUUUUUUUUCCCCCCUUUUUUUUUUUUUUAAGUUUUUACUUAAUUUCCAAGCUCUGUGGCAUCCAGAU